UGCAGCAUCACUGAGCUGGUGCAGUGCAAAAACGCUCGCUCAUCCUCACCGAUGGUGUGCAGAACAAGGGGGACAUAAAAAAAAACCUUCUGAAACUAAAAACAUCCAUAUCCUUUUCUUAAACAAACAAAAAAACCCACAACAAAAAAUUCAUCAUGAGCUACGAUUCCUACCUCUCCUAUCGCCGCCCUUGGGACAGCUACAGAGGCUCCCAAUCCACCACCAAAUCCUCUAUGUCUUCCACCCUCUUCUCUUCUCCUCGAGCUCCUCCGUCUGGGAAGAGGAUCCUGAGGCUGGCCUCCUCUUCCCUGCCAGAUGGGUCUGAGCGGAUGGACCUGGCUCAGGCCAGCUCCAUAAACACAGAGCUGCUGGGCCUGCGCUCCCAGGAGAGGGAGCAGCUGGUGGACCUGAAUGACCGCUUCGCCACCUACAUCGAGAAGGUGAGGCACCUGGAGCUGCAGAACCGAGCCCUGCUGGCCGAGCUGGAGGCGCUGAGGAGGCGGCAGAACGACCCUUCCCGUUUGCAGACGCUCUAUGAGGGCCAGGCGCGGAGUUUGAGGGCCAUGAUAGACUCGGAGAACGGGGAGAAGAUGCGGAUGGAGGCGGAGAGAGACUACCUGCGUGACGUGUAUGAGCAGAUGAAGGAGCGCUACGAGGAGGAGUCGAGACGGCGUAUGGAUGCCGAGGAGGCCCUGCAGAGGGCCAGGGAGGAGGCCGGCAGGGCCGUGCUCUCCAACUGUGAUGCAGAGGCCACCGUGGUCUCUCUGUGUGACGAGAUGGUGUUCCUGAAGAAAGUCUUUGCAGAGGAGCAAGCAGAGCUGCAGGCUCAGCUGCAGGUGGCUAACAUCAGCGUGGAUGUGGAGGUGUCCCGGCCCGACCUUUCCACCGCCCUGCGAGACAUCCGGGCACAGUAUGAGCGGCUGGCAAACAAGAACAUGCAGGCCGCUGAGGACUGGUACAAGAACAAGUUCGCAAGUGUGGCAGAGAUGGCCAGCAAAAACAACGAGGCCGUGCACGCCAUCCGGGAGGAGACCAUGGAGUACCGGAGGCUGCUUCAGUCUCGCUCCUCGGAGAUCGAAGCUCUCCGGAACGUCAUCGACUCUCUAAAUAAGCAACUGGAGGAUCUUGAGCAGACGCAGGCCAAAGACGUGGCAAAAUACCAGAUGAGGAUAAGUGAGCUGGAGCGGGAUAUCACUGACGCCAAACAGGAGAUGGCGCGCUAUCUGAGAGAGUACCAAGACCUUCUCAAUGUGAAGAUGGCCCUUGACAUUGAAAUUGCUGCGUACAGAAAACUUCUGGAAGGGGAAGAGAUUCGACUGGCUUACCCUUCCCUUCCCGCCCUAAACUAAAACCUUUAUGCCACCAGCCUGGCAUAAACCUGAAUUCUUCACACCCCUUCUUUCCUUUCCUGCCCUGAACAUCACCCCUCUCCCGCCCUCAUUUCUUUUACAUUCUCCCCUCCAUCAUCUCUCCCCCCCGGCCCCCAAAAUAUACUCCCUAUACUUCCUUUACUCCUCCCAAAACCAAACCAAAGCUCAUUGUUCUCAAGACAGAUGCGCCCUUGUGCUAAACAAGAGGUCCACCAGAAGUCCCCCUUCUUCUACACACGUUCUGACACCACACAUCACGGCGGAUGGCAAACUGUAAAAUGCAGAGUGGCUGCACUGCAUUAGUUACAUAGCUAAAUCGGACAGCAAUAUUGGUUUGGCUGAGUUCCUCUCUGUCGCACAUGUUAAGGUCCAAGCUGCAGAGUUACUAUUUGACUCUUGUGAACCCUCACUGUGCAAACAUUUGACCAAUUGUUUGUGAAGGAGGACAAAAAUUCCCACUAUCUCUCAGUGCUUGGGCUUUAUCUGUGUUUAAACUGAUGCAGGAGACCUGCAGCAUUAUUGACCGGGAACUCUACCAAUCGAUUAUUCAUUGUCCUGCACCCCUGGUUCUUUAGUAGUAGUCAGUGAACCAGUAACCUUAAACAUUUCUUUUCACUAUAUUAAAGACCCAUUUUGUCUUUUUUUUUAAGUUAUUCUUCCUCUGCAUUUACAUCUACACCAAUGCUACAAGUUUUGGUUGGUUUAAAAAAACCAGAGUGAGUUUGGGGUCUUCCUAUUCGGCCGCUUGUUAAAAUUUCUAAUUUCUAAUAAAACUGUCUUUUCUUGCAAAACCUUCUGGAUGUGUAAAUGCUGUGGAAGACUAAUUGUUACUGGUUUCUCCUAAUAUUCAUGCAGUGUGUCUCGCAGCCUAUCUGCAUUAGAUUUUUUUUUUCUGUUCUGUGAGUUCAUUCAAAGCUAAACAAUGAAACUGAAAGAUAACUGCAGGAGCUCCUUGUUGUUUGUCUGCUGGUGUUAGAUCUAAAUGGUGCUUUACAUCUGUGAAACUAAUACAAAGUCUCUGCACCAUUAACGCUCAGUGUACCUGUAACAGCCGGCAACAAGCUAAAUAAACAUAUAACUGACCUGCAAAUCA